GCGUGCGCAUAUUUAUUCACACUUCUGUUAAGUGUUCAGUCGUUAGCAUGGUAGAUCUGAGUGCAUAGUAUGUCAUUUCAUUACGUUUGAGUUUCCUGAGUGUUUUCUUUAAAUGUCUGCAGAGUUGCUGCCCCUUUCUUGAACUAUGAUUACCGCAAUCUCUUUCAAUCCUCAACAUGAGUAGGGCUUUGUGAGCUUUCAACCCACAGGAACUCUCGGGCCUGGUAGGCACAGGUGAUGAAUGUCAGGAAGCCAUCGUGUAGGAAGGCGUGAACCUUUCUCUCCUCCCUUGUGAGAGCUCUUUUCCUUGCAGGCCAGUUUCUCCCUUGUUUACACAAGUUCACUAGUUGGAAAGGAAAAGGCAAUAGUAAGAGUUUCACUAUGGCAGAGAAGUUUGAAAGUCUCAUGAACAUUCAUGGUUUUGAUCUGGGCUCUCGGUAUAUGGACUUAAAACCAUUGGGCUGCGGAGGCAAUGGCUUGGUUUUUUCUGCUGUAGACAAUGACUGUGACAAAAGAGUGGCUAUCAAGAAGAUUGUCCUUACCGAUCCGCAGAGCGUCAAACACGCUCUCCGGGAAAUCAAAAUCAUCCGACGGCUUGACCACGACAACAUAGUGAAGGUGUUUGAGAUCCUGGGCCCUAGCGGCAGCCGGCUGGCUGACGAUGUGGGCUCGCUCACAGAGCUGAGCAGCGUGUACAUUGUGCAGGAGUACAUGGAGACAGACCUGGCCAAUGUGCUGGAGCAGGGGCCCCUGCUGGAGGAGCACUCGCGCCUACUCAUGUACCAGCUGCUGCGUGGCCUCAAGUACAUCCACUCGGCCAAUGUGCUGCACAGGGACCUCAAGCCGGCCAACCUCUUCAUCAAUACAGAAGACUUGGUGCUGAAGAUCGGGGACUUUGGACUUGCCCGCAUCAUGGACCCACACUACUCGCACAAGGGUCAUCUUUCUGAAGGACUGGUCACUAAAUGGUACAGAUCUCCACGUCUCUUGCUGUCCCCUAACAACUACACUAAAGCCAUUGACAUGUGGGCUGCAGGCUGCAUCUUCGCUGAAAUGCUGACUGGCAAAACCCUCUUUGCAGGAGCACAUGAACUGGAGCAGAUGCAGCUGAUUCUGGAGUCCAUCCCUGUGGUGCAUGAGGAGGACCGGCAGGAGCUGCUGAGUGUCAUCCCCGUCUAUAUCCGAAGCGACAUGACUGAACCACACCGGCCCUUAACGCAGCUGCUGCCGGGGAUUGGCCGCGAAGCCUUGGACUUCCUGGAGCAGAUCCUGACGUUCAGCCCCAUGGACCGGCUGACCGCAGAGGAGGCCCUGUCCCACCCGUACAUGAGCAUGUACGCCUUCCCCACUGACGAGCCCGUCUCCAGCCACCCAUUCCACAUCGAGGAUGAAGUUGACGACAUUCUGCUCAUGGAUGAAACUCACAGCCACAUUUACAACUGGGAAAGGUACCAUGACUGUCAGUUCUCAGAGCACGAUUGGCCCAUACACAACAACUUUGACAUUGAUGAGGUUCAGCUGGAUCCCAGAGCCCUGUCUGACGUCACUGAUGAGGAAGAAGGACAAGUGGAUCCUCGGAAGUACUUGGAUGGAGACCGAGAGAAAUACCUGGAAGACCCUGCUUUUGAUGCCAGUUACUCUGCUGAGCCUUGCUGGCAGUACCCGGAUCACCACGAGAACAAGUACUGCGAGCUGGAGUGUGGCCACACCUGUAACUACAAAGCGCGGUCGUCGUCGUACUUAGAUAGCUUGGUCUGGAGGGAGAGCGAGGUGAACCAUUACUAUGAGCCCAAACUUAUCAUAGAUCUUUCCAACUGGAAGGAACAAAGCAAGGAGAAGCCCGACAGGAAGGGCAAGUCCAAGUGUGAGAGGAACGGUUUAGUGAAGGCCCAGAUAGCGCUAGAGGAGGCAUCCCAGCAGCUGGCGGAGAAGGAGCGGGAGAAGGGGCGGGGCUUUGAUUUCGAUUCCUUUAUUGCGGGAACUAUUCAGCUCAGUUCGCAGCACGAGCCCGCCGAUGUUGUGGACAAACUGAACGACCUGAAUAGUUCCGUGUCCCAGCUAGAGCUAAAGGGGCUGCUCCCCAAGUCGGUGAGCCGGGAGAAGCAGGAGAAGGGCAUGGCCAACUUGGCCCAGCUGGAGGCAUUGUACCAGUCAUCCCGGGACAGCCCAUAUGGGGGAGGCGGGGAGGAGCGGUUCCUCAUUGAGCAGUUCUGCUGUGAGGUCAGGAAGGACGAGCAGGUGGAGAAGGAGCUGUCGUACACCAGUUACUUGGACAGGUUCUUCAGCAGGAGGGAGGAUGCCGACCUGCUAGACGCGGAGCCGGCAGAGGGCGGGAGCCGGGGGGAGCGGGGCAGCGGGGAGCUCCUGCUGGGGAAGCAGCUUGAGUGUAGGGGCCUCCCGCAGCUGCACAGCCCCGCGGGGUCCCCUGGGAAGGCGGCCCCGCACGUGCCCCCACGGACCUACAGCCACAUCCUGAGACAUCUGAACUAAACACUCAGCAGACCUUUUUGUGUUCCUCAUGAAGUGCGUCUUGUCUUUUUUAUUCCUAGUGUUUAAGUCAUUUUUGUUACUUGAAUCAGAUGGUGUCCUUUAGUAAGGAUUUUGUCAGUUCUCGGUUUUUAAAAAUCCAGACUUUUUUUCUACAUGUGAGAUUGUUUUCAUUUUACCUGGCAUGUCAUUUGCACACAAAAAGAAUCGAGCAAAUAAUGCAAUGCAGGAAGAGACAAAAAAAAAAAAAAAAAAA